CGCCUGUCAAGAUAGAGGCUUGGGGGCGUGGUGUGUGUUUUCGGAGACGUUGUCUAUGAAAUGGGGCGUCUGGGGCUAUUUGGGCCUCUGGACCUCGCGGGGUGGGCAGCAGCGAGUUCGAGGUAUUCUGGGUUUCACUGAACGACGUGUCUGUGGCCCUCCAGGGGGAUGAUUUAGAUCAUUGGAAGGUUUUAGCAUCACAAGAGAACUGGUGGGACCUGGAGUCUGGGAUGUAAGGGACCUUAUCCUUUGGUGGGGUGGGGCACCUGGGACCUGGAGAUCCAGGCUGGAAUCAAAAAGUGUCAGUUGGAAGGGGCUUAAAAACAAAAAAACCAAACCCGUUGCCGUCGAGUCUAUUCCAACUCAUAGUGACCGUAUAGGACAGAGUAGAACUGCUCCAUUGAGUUUCCAAGGAGCGCCUGGUGGGUUUGAACUGCCGACAUUUUGGUUAGCAGCCAUAGCUCUUAACAACUAUGCCACCAGGGUUUUCUGGAAGGGGCUUAGAAGUCAAUUUUACUAGUGCAUAAACGGAGUUAAGAGUCAUUGCUCCCAGGUCAUAGGGGGUGUGAGUGCCCUGUGCAAUUCCACUCACCCUGGGAGGUAAGGGUGUCCUGGAUUCUUGCCGCACAUUAACCACAGUGAACCCCAGGUGGCUUCAUCUACCUUGGAGUAUCUAGAGUUAAAGCAUUGUCUCACAAAAUGAUAGAGGACGAACUUGUGCAAUUCGAUAAAAGCAUAAAUGAAUUUUGGAAUAAAUUCAUAAACACUGCCAGUGACACCUCCUGUCAGAUGGUGGGACUAAGAGAUGCCUACAAGGACUCCAUGAAAGCAUUUGCAGAAAAGUUGUCUGUAAAAUUAAAGGAAGAGGACCGAAUGAUUGAGAUGUUUCUGGAAUAUCAAAAUCAGAUCUGCAGGCAGAAUAAGCACAUUCAGGAAAAAAAAGAUAACUUGUUAAAGCUGAUUGCUGAAGUAAGAUGCAAAAAGCAGGAAAUAGAAGUACUGGCUGCAAAUAUCCAGGAUCUUAAAGAAGAAUAUGCUAAGAAGAAGGAAAUUAUAUCCACUGCUAACAAAGCUAUUGAAGAGAGGCUGAAAAGACUACAGAAAUCUGAAGACUUGUAUAAAUAUCGACUUGGACUAGAAAUUCGAAAAAUUUAUGGUGAUAAAUUGCAGUUUAUAUUCACUAAUAUUGAUCCCAAGCAUCCUGAGAGCCCAUUUGUAUUUUCCCUGCACCUGAAUGAAGCAAGGGACUAUGAAGUGUUGGAUAGUUCUCCCCAUCUUGAGGGCCUGGCAGAACUUCAAGAGAAUUUAAGGAAAACCAACAACUUUUCCGCCUUCCUUGCCAAUGUUCGGAAAGCUUUUACUGCUAUGGUUUAUAAUUAAUGCAUAAAUAGUAUGUAACAACUGUUUCUUUUUCUUCUCUAUCAUGUCUCUUUUAAAAAGAAUUUUCGUUAUCUGUCGUCAGCCUAUAAUUGUUUUGUAUUUUUAUAAUAUUUCUGUGUGGUAUAUUUCUUUAUUUU